UUGGACGUUUUAAACUUAGGAAGCGCCUAAAGAAAGGAUUUAAUUCGGAAAUGUACAAUAAUGUUAAUGUGGGAGGAGAAUUCUUAUCUAAUCCUGUCUGCCAUUGGUGGUUGACAUGAGUGGCAACGGACAUAUCAACCUAUGCGAAGAAGGUUGUUAGAGGGCGCUGUGUCUCGAUGAAGUAGUUAGAAGGAAGGUUUUCGGUUGAUGGUGUAAGUGGUCAAUGUUCCUCGAAGUUGAAAUUAUAGUUGUUCCUGUUUCAUGUGCAAUAUCAUCACUGUGUUAGCAUAAGUCAUAAUCCUUACUGUAAGUACCUUAUGACUGCUUAACGUUAUACGGGUCGAUAUGACAGCGAAGCUUGCUUUAACAGACUCAUCCUAAGCCUAACAGAACGUGAAGUUUUUAUUAAGAUUUGUCUUCUCUGUUGUUUUUUUAAGCGCUAGAAUCUAUUUAAGGAUAAAAUCGUAAGGGUUAAUCUGGCCAGAUGCAAAAUAAAGAUACUCCCUUCCAUUAGCACUCGAAGAGUGUUUGUCGAACUACGUCCACAUGCGGAACAUUGAUAGUCACAAAUGGCAUCUGCUUUUCCAGAUAUGAGACCAGAUCAUGCUAUAUAUUGCCAGAUAUGUCUUCAAGCACCCGACGAGCCCAAAGUUUUGCCUUGUUACCAUACUAUAUGUGGCAGAUGUUACGAACAAUACGCAGGUAGCGCCGAUUCCAUGACGGGAAGUUAUAGAUGCCCAAAAUGUAACGAAAGUGUCUUGCAAACACUAGGUGAUGAACAGAGUCUCGAUGGAUUGCAUCCACCCUUUUAUAUUAACGACAUCUUAGAUGUAGUCAAAGAAGACUUUGAAAAUGGCUAUUCUAAUAACAACAUGUGUACCUCAUGUGAUGAUGGAAACACUGCUUCUGCGAGAUGUAUAGAUUGUAAGGAAGCACUUUGUGAAAAUUGUUUGAUGGCUCAUCAGCGAGUUCGUCUCACUAAAGAUCACAAUAUCACCAGAGUGGAUGAUACUGGCAUCAAAUAUGCAGAAACAAAAUAUUCCCCUCCCUCUCUGCCUGCCAUCAAUGAACGUAAACCUGUUCCUUGUGAAUUUCACAAAACUAGUAUCAUCUGCUUGUAUUGUGAGCAAUGUAACGAGGCCCUGUGUCGAGAAUGCACCAUGAGAUCUCACAGGGGUCAUACGGUUUCCUAUCUGGAAGAGAUACUGAAUGCCUGUAAGAAGCUUAUUUCUGGUAAAUGUAAAGAUUUGAAAAUGGAAUCUCAUGUUAUAGAUGAGAGCAUAGAGAUGGCGCAACGCAUGUCUGAACGAAUAGAUCUUAAAAUCCAAGCUGUGUCCAAGGAAAUUCGUGCUACAAUAAGACGACAUAUGAAUGCAUUGGAAGAGAGAGAAAGGGAACUACUUCGAAGAGUGGAAAAAAUAAGGCAAGUUAAAGUUCAUACUAUACAGCUUCAAAUAGAUGAAUUAAAAGUGUAUAAAACAAAAAUGAAUAAUCUAAUAGACUAUACAGAACAAAGUUUAGAUAAUCUUGUUGAUGUGGAUUUUAUAAAACUUAGAGAUAACUUUGUAAGUCAAGUAGGUGAGAUCAAGCAGCAACAUCAUAAUCUUUUGAAACCCUGUGAAGAUGAUAAUAUUUUGUUUACACCACCCGAUACAGCUUUACUUACUGCUAUUGGUUCCUUGGGUUUUAUUACUAGUAAUGCCUUUGCUCCACGUUCUACAGCAUCUGGCGUUGGAUUAAAAAGAGCUUUAUGUGGUCGAGUAGCCAGUUUCACUGUUCAUGCCAAAGAUCAUUUGGGAGAUCCUCGACUUGUUGGUGGAGAUUCUAUUAAUGCUAUAGUUCAAACUCCAAAAGGAGUAGCAACAAGAGCAGAAGUUUCUGAUCGACAGAAUGGUACCUAUAUUGUUUCAUACAGUCCUGAAAUUGAAGGUCAACACAUCAUAUCUGUUAUGAUGCGUGGCAUGCACAUUCAUCAGAGUCCAUUUACAAUAAUUGCAAGAUCAGGUAGAAAUUACAGCUCAGUUGGAAAUGUUCUUUUCACAUUUGGCGGAGAGGGAGAAGGAGAUGGGCAGCUGUGUCGACCGUGGGGAGUUUGCACAGAUAAGGAUGGCCACAUAAUAGUUGCAGAUCGUAGUAAUAAUCGAAUUCAGGUUUUUAAUCCAGAUGGAAGCUUUAAGCAUAAAUUUGGAUCUCCAGGUUCUCGACCAGGACAAUUUGACCGACCGGCAGGAGUUGCUGCAGAUUCUCAAAGUCGUAUUAUUGUAGCAGAUAAAGACAAUCAUCGUAUACAGGUCUUCAGCUUUGAAGGUAUGUUUUUAUUAAAAUUUGGAGAAAAAGGCAGCAAAAAUGGACAGUUUAAUUAUCCUUGGGAUGUAGCUGUCAACAGUGAGUCCCAAAUUUUGGUAUCUGACACUAGAAAUCAUCGAAUUCAGCUAUUUGGGCCAGAUGGUACCUACCUUAACAAAUAUGGAUUUGAAGGCUCUCUAUGGAAACACUUUGAUUCUCCAAGGGGCGUUGCAUUUGACACAGAAGGUCACGUGGUUGUAACAGAUUUCAACAAUCAUCGCCUAUUGGUUAUUCAACCAGAUUUUCAGUCUGCACGGUUUCUAGGAAAUGAAGGUUCCGGAAAUGGCCAGUUUCUUCGACCUCAAGGAAUAGCAGUGGAUGCAGAGGGUCACAUCAUAGUUGCCGAUUCAAGAAAUCAUCGCAUACAGAUUUUCCACCCAAAUGGUUCCUUCAUGUGCAAGUUUGGAACACCUGGUAAUGGUCAAGGACAGAUGGAUCGACCGUCAGGAGUUUGUGUUUCACCAGAUGGAUUUAUCAUUAUUGUUGACUUUGGCAACAAUCGGGUCCAGGUAUUCUGAAAAUUGCCUCUUAUUUGCCUCAAGCCUUUAUAAGAUGCACAUGUUGUAAACAUACCUCAGCAUCUAAGGCAAUAUUUCAAAUCCUAACCAGUAGCAACUUUAUAUAGCUCAGGGAUUUCUAGGUAUGUACCAUUUGUUGAUAUAUAUGAGUUGAGGGUUAAUGUUAACAUACCUAAGAGGUUUUUCAUUGUUUUAAGUGUCUGACAGUUCCUGUACUUGAUUCUUUAGAGAAAGGCUAUUGCCAAAUAAGAUGUGAUGUAUUGAUAUCCUGUUUUUUGUGGUCAUAGGUAAAAUAGUGUGAUACGAGGUGAUCUACCUCAUUUGUGGUUGUCUAUUUGCCGAGACACCACAUUUCUACCUCACUCAGUUAACGAAUGUUUCCUCCUUGGGAGGAAACAGGGAAUCAAAUCCUAACUGUUUUAUUAUUUUUGUGCUGCUAAUUGUCAAAUGUUAAUGCACUUUUGUCCUAUUGUUUUUAAGUGUAAUUGAUGAUUUUUUUAAAUUUCAAUUUCAUUUUUGUAGUUUUGAGAUGUCAAAAGUGCUCAGCCAUUAAUAAUAGUGAUAUUUGUGAGAAAUCAAUGAAAUACAAUUUACCUCUAGUAGCAUAAAGAUUUAAGUAUGUUAUGUUAAAAAAUAUAGAUUAUAUAUAUAUAUAUACUUUAACUCUGUGAGGAUAUGACCAAAUUUAGAAAAUUUGAAUGAUGUAUUUGGAAUUUAAUAGUUGAUGCAUGGAAUUUUUAUGAACAGAGCAACAGUAUUAGAGAUGAGGCGUAUUUUCCUCCUUUCCUAUUUGGAGAGAAAGAAAGAAUUCCUCAUCUAGUGCAGGAAGUUUUCAUUUCUAAUUUCUCGAUCAUGCUUAAAUAUUGAGUCAACUGUAGUUUUUAGAGUACAAGAUGAUCUUGUAAAAUUGGUGAGUUCCAACAACCUUCAGGUUGUCAGCAAUCAAAAUCACUCUAAAGUAAGUCUUUUCCUUCCAAAGAAAAAUCAUAUAUAUGUCAAACAGAUAGUGUAUUGUAGCCAGGAAAAAACUAAGCUGAGAAAGCUCAUAGAGCUUGUAGUACCUGUCUCAGACCUGAAUAUAUUAACAAAUUAGAUAACAGUACAACCUUUGUGGAAAAUAUCAUUUUGGUGAUAUUACCUGGAGUAAAACUUCCUCAUCAGUAUUUGUGUCCCAACAUCUACAUUCUACCUGACUUCUGCUCAAAGUGCUAUGUGUUGGACGCCUAGGUAUCCUGGGUCUUGCUUUUAAAGCCAAACAGAAGGCAGGCCACAAGGCCUUUAAUAAAUAAUAAAAAAAAAGACAUCAUCCUUUAAUAAUAGUUAACUGCAUCCUCAGGAUUGUAGAAUUAAAAAAACACUGUUUCCAUACUUAAAAAAUACCGUAUGACGGUUAUAUCAGUUUGCACGUCAGCUCUAAUCCGUCAUAUACAUAUAGUGGGUGGGGUGUUUUUUUAAUUUUUAUUAGGGAAAUUUCUUAAAAAUAUUCGAACUGAGAUUGCUUGUAGAGUAGUUGUGUCAUUACCAGAUGGCGACUCGACUUGGGAGACGAACGGUUGUUUACUAGUAGCCAGGAAUUAGUCUCAGGUGCACUUACUCCACGUCGUCUCCAAACCUGGCAGUCGAGUGGCGCACUGUAAUACGCAGCUAACUCAGCUUGACACAACAAUGAGUUUUGCCUUUCUCGCCUGCCUCUGUUCGCUCUACACAAUAUUUAGUUUAAGACUUCGGUUUUUAGUGUCAAGAUCAUGACUGAAGUAACGUCAACGCUAUUGAAUUACGGCAAACACCUAACAAAAACUAGUCAUAAAUUUCCGUGCGUUGAUCUAAAUACGAAAAAGUUCCCAAAAAUGAACAGUUCCUUGCACGUGAAAUUUAAUCUUUUUUUUUUAACUAUUAAAGCUUCCUAUUAUUUUUGUUGUGAGUAGAUAUUUUAUAUAUGGUUCGGAACCGUAUGGGCAUAGAAAAAAGUUAUUAAUAAGUUUAUUCUCAAAGUAAAAAAGUGGCUGCAAAGUAUUAAUACAUCACCCAAGGCAGCAAGCGUUAACUUCAGUCAUGGGGUAUAUCGAGCCUUAAAAAAAGAAUUAGGGCCAAUAGGGAUACACAUACUAUAAAUAACAAAAAUGGUAAAUGAUUUUUAAAAUUUCACUUUCCUAUAAAGUAUACGGCCAGCGACGUGUGUACGAAAAUCUCCAAUCAAAAUUCAUAGUUAUAUAUGUAUGUGUGUGUUUCUAUUGUCUUAAGUGUUGUAUGCCUGCUCUGUUCAUUCCAAGUCAUCCUAAACUAGUAUUUACGGCAAGGUUUUUUAAUUAUAUCGCUUCUCAGUAUUACAAUUUUUGGGUUGUGAACCCGAAUUAAUCUCAUUCCAGUCACUCGUUAAGAGGAGGUGUAAUAUUUUUAAUUUUUUAGUUCGUUCGUUCCGUCUUACGAACCAACCAAUUGUUUUACGUGCCGACUGCUACCAAGUCUCGCCAGUCAUUAUUUCUCAGGGAUUUAUUGUCAAAUGUGUAAAAAAAUAGCUCGUGCCAAGAAACACACAUUCCCUUCCAAGAUGGAAGCAUUGAUCAACGCCUUCAGAACUGGAAAAAUCCCUUUCUUACUUCCCCCUGUUUACGUUCACCGUAUACUUCCUUCGUCCCUCUUCUUACAAUUUGUACUAUUUCCGAGAAAAAAAGGAGGCCCGGGGAGACUCUACCAUGUAAACUUUUGCCCCUCCCCAUCAACUUGUUUUUGCCUUAGUGUACUUCCCUUCUCUCAAGCCCAACGGCACUCGCUUGCUUUAGCUGUUGCUGUUUGGUUGUGAAAGAGAAAGCGUUUCGAAAGCAUACCAUAUAUAAAGGAAAUUUUCGCUAUCAAGACAUGUAGAACAGGUAAACGUUCCAGAUAAAUUCUAGGUUCAGAAUGCGCACAUGAUAGUGUGUUCCAAAGACCGCAUACAUUCCUAAUUAAGCAGUACUUGAAUGAUGGGUGUUCACGAGAAUGGAAAAAUUUAUAUAUCUGCAUUUUUGUUUUUUGUGUGGAGGUGACUGAAAUAAAAAAAUCAUACGGGUCUUUUUUGUGAAAUGUGAACGGGAUACCCCUCCAUCUCGAUGUACAAAAUAAAAUAUUCGGGAGUAAAAACUAUAAUAAAAUUACGGAGUUGUGAACGAGUGGAGGGGCCUUCCUGGGUUGUAAUUGAUGUAAGGUUUUUUGUGUACCUGCUUCUGUGGUCAAAACAAAUAAAAAUGUUCUAGAUAA